CUCACUUGCAGGAGCAGCUGCUCCAAUGCCCCAGAGCGGCCAUGGGCGCCCCGCACUGGUGGGACCAGCUGCGGGCUGGCAGCUCGGAGGUGGACUGGUGCGAGGACAACUACACCAUCGUGCCUGCCAUCGCCGAGUUCUACAACACGAUCAGCAACGUCUUGUUUUUCAUUUUACCGCCCAUCUGCAUGUGCUUGUUUCGUCAGUAUGCAACAUGCUUCAACAGUGGCAUCUACUUAAUCUGGACUCUUUUAGUUGUGGUGGGAAUCGGAUCUGUCUACUUCCACGCAACUCUUAGUUUCCUGGGCCAGAUGCUUGAUGAACUUGCAAUUCUCUGGGUUCUGAUGUGUGCCCUAGCCAUGUGGUUCCCCAGACGGUAUCUACCAAAGAUCUUUCGGAACGACAGGGGCAGGUUCAAGGCGGUGGUCUGCGUCCUGUCUGCGGUUACAACGUGCCUGGCAUUUGUCAAGCCUGCCAUCAACAACAUCUCUCUGAUGACCCUGGGGGUUCCUUGCACCGCACUGCUCAUUGCAGAGCUAAGGAGGUGUGACAACGUGCGUGUGUUUAAGCUGGGCCUCUUCUCUGGCCUCUGGUGGACCCUCGCCCUCUUCUGCUGGAUCAGUGACCGAGCCUUCUGUGAGCUGUUGUCCUCCUUUCACUUCCCUUACCUGCACUGCGUGUGGCACAUCCUCAUCUGUCUCGCUGCCUACCUGGGCUGUGUGUGCUUUGCCUACUUUGAUGCAGCCUCCGAGAUUCCUGAGCAGGGCCCUGUCAUCAGGUUCUGGCCCAGUGAGAAGUGGGCCUUCAUUGGUGUGCCCUACGUGUCCCUCCUGUGUGCCCACAAGAAAUCACCCGUGAAGAUCACGUGAUGUCAGGUGGCGGCUGGCUGCUCUGCUUGUUUUUCCUCAUGCACUGGACUUCAUUUGCUAGCAACAACAGCCAAGGGGGUUUGAAUAGUUGGUGUGGGAUCUGUCUUUUUAAAAUUCUGUUCCCAUGGACUCUAGCUAGUAUGUUUGUGGACUGCCAGGAUUCUCCUGUGCCCCCGGAAGAAGUGUCUUUCCCUUUCCCCAAGGUGGAAAGUAGGGGGUUUAGGGACAUGAGUGUGUCUUUCCAGAGCAGUGGCUUGCUGGACUGCAGCCCCUGGGGGACCUAGCACUGCACACUGUCUCUCUCUCAUGAAGACGGGCCGGCCUCAGACACCACCAUUCUCAGGCACUCUUGGAGUGGACUCUACGGUUGACAGGCAGAGCCUUCAACAGACAAGACCUCCUGACUCUGGAAGACUCCAGAAGUGUUCAUUUGGGGAGAUUGUCCUUAAACAAAGCCAGACAAAUGACGUACGUGUAGGGCUGUGGCUCAGGAAAGCUAGUUUUCCACUUGCAACUCUUAACUAACCCGAGUUCUACUUGCAUCUGUGAAUCUUUGUACCACUACCUCUGUGGAGAGAUGGAGAAUUCAGAGGAGGGUGAAGCUAAGGAGUAAAACACUCUAUGCCAAAAACUACCCUCCACUUUAAGCCAUUCUCGAAGGUGAGCACAAUUUUCAAAUGUUGACAUCCUUUCUGCCUCUACCCGCUGUCAGCUCUGUAGCCUCAGAUACAAGAGACGAUAGCUGUGAUGAAAACGCACACCAACCUCCUGACCUCUUUGCGGGGGUCAGAGGGCGCUUCCCCAUCAUGGUGGAGGUUCUGGUUCAGACUCUGGGGCAAACCUGACGUUUUUGGAAAGUUUUCCUCAUUGGAAGCCUCCAGCGUGCUGUAUUGUUCUGGGAAUUACCUUCCAGGAUCCCGCCUCUAGUUAAUCUCUCCUAUUUCCCACGCUCUGCCCCGUUAUAGGACAAGGUGCUUCCUGUGGUUUCUCAGAGCCAUUAACACCUCUCUUAGACGUUGGCAGUCGCUCCACACUGGCUGGCCGGCAGGGGUCGCUGGUGAAGCAGGGCACUUCUGUCGCCUUCAGAGUUUUUCCCGCCUAAUCAAGCACUGGCUGCAAAUUUGCUGGGCUGAAUGGGAGACUCCAGCACUGCCCUCAAGGGGUGGGGUGGGCAUUCUGGACCUCAGGGAUACUCACGUUAGCUCAGGCACCUCCGGGGGAGGGCAGGGCAGAUGUGCCCUGUAUGGACAGGAGGUGGGUGCCUUGCUGUCCUCAGUUCCUGAGGGUUGAGAAGUAGCAGUUUUCCACACAUCCAGGAAGGAACUCAUUCUGUUUAGAAUUUGCCGUAUUCCAAGGUCAAAAGACCAGCAAGCAAGGGGAUUUAGAGUUCAAAGAUGAAUAACUUUAUUCUUCUCCAGUGGUUUUCAUAUUACCUGACCAACAGAGCCUUGUUUGUCAUAACAAAUAUUUUUGAAACCCCAAGGUGUAACGUAGUUAUUUUUAUUAACUCAAAGUUAUUGCAAGCCUAGAUUUAUAGAGUUUAUUUGCAAACUUUUGUUUAUUUGCAAAUUUUGUGGAAAUACAAAUGAAAAUCCCAAGGUAGGAAAAUUUGGUAUUGAGUGUACAUGGCUCUUUAUUGUAGUUCAAGAUGCAGUUUAAAGAUGGCCUUGACUUAAAUGUUUGUGGAACUUCAGUGUACCUCUCUAGGACCUAUGUGGUUUAUGGAACAGAACUGCUGUUAAGUUCUCUGAGUUGAAAGUCUAGAACGUUUUUUUUUUUUUUUUGACAGGCAGAGUGGAUAGUGAGAGAGAGACAGAGAGAAAGGUCUUCCUUUUUGCCGUUGGUUCAUCCUCCAAUGGCCGCUGCGGCCGGCUCAUCGCGCUGAUCCGAAGCCAGGAGCCAGGUGCUUCUCCUGGUCUCCCAUGCGGGUGCAGGGCCCAAGGACUUGGGCCAUCCUCCACUGCACUCCCGGGCCAUAGCAGAGAGCUGGCCUGGAAGAGGGGAAACCGGGAUAGAAUCCAGCGCCCCAACCGGGAUUAGAACCGGGUUUGCCGGCGCCGCAAGGUGGAGGAUUAGCCUGUUAAGCCACAGCGCCGGCCAGAAAGUCUAGAAUGUUUUAAGGGGGACAUACAAGAACAUCCUCAUUUCAGGUGGACCUUGCUAGGCAUGAAUUCUAUUCUCAUCUCUUCUGCUGUACCAAAAUGCUCUACAGUAGAGGGCUUAGUAUAUGUUAGGUCUUAGUGUGGGAGCAUGGAGAAGGAAAAGCAGAAUGUAGGCAGUGAUUUUUUAAUGCCAGGUUUAAUUUGUCUUGAGGAUUGCUCGGUGAUAAGAGUAUUGUCUUACUGAGUAAGGAGGGACCCUUUCUCAUCAGUGAGAGGACUUAAUCCCUGGGAACCUGGAUGACACUUCCAUUUCCAGCCCCCAGAAAUGGAGAUGAGAUGCUAAGAAUGGGUAUAGGGGUAAGGCAGGGAGUCUCUCAGUGGGCUGCUUCCAUCCCUCUCUGACAAGGUAAGUUGUCAGGAGGAUGCUGUUGAUGUGAAAAGCAAAGUGCACUUCUAGAGACUGGUUUUCAAGAGGGCUGAGACGAAAAUGUGGAGUGGGAUGUAUUUCAGAAGGACAAAACAUAGCUACUUUUGAUCAAAAUUCACCAUACUCCGCGAGCAUGAAUCACAAGAGCGGUUGGGUGUAUGGCAUCAUUCAUAUUUACAUCAAAGCUCCCCACAUUCUUAUGAGAGAAAAUUGGGAAACUACUGAGAAGUUGAAGAAUGAACGAGAAAUCACCCACAUUUCUAUUGCCCAAGUUCAUCACUGUUGAGAUUUCGGCAGUUGCUCUUUCAUUCUUGUCUUUUUUCUCCCUAAUAUAGUUGUAAAUAGACAUCUUCUGAACUGACAGUGUAUCCUGUGGCUUCAAUGGAAUAUAAAUGCCAGUGUUGUAUUUUUUCAUGAAGAGCAGGUUUAGCAUACACUAGAGCAGCGAUCACUUGAAUGUUUGUCACUGGAUUCUGCGAGCCACUGCUGAAUCUUCCUUUAUAAGCAAGCCUGACCUUGAGUGAACCCUAAGACUUAAUAAACUGGAUUCUACUUUUUGAUAGACUGCUGCACUUGGAUUGAUGAGUCAUAGCAGGUAGCUAUUAAAUAUGUGACCCCACAGAUUUUGAUGCGUUAGAUUUUUAAAAAAAACUAUCAUAUUUCAUGAAUUGAUGUGCACUUACAAAUGUCCCUUCCCCUCAGCAGAUUCGACAUUCAAGAGUUUGGUUGUGGCAAUGGUAAUCAGCCUGGCUGUCAGAUUUUGUUGUGGUUAGAGUUUGCCCAUGAUUGAUACCCAGCAGGACCUGGAUUUAGGAUAUAAGAAACCAUUAAUGGUACCAAGUGACCGUUUCAAUCAACGAUUCUUUUUUUUUUUUUUUUUAAGAUUUUAUUUAUUUAUUCUUUUACUUGAAAAGCACAGUUAGAGAGAGGGAGAGACAGUUAGAUCUUCUAUCAGCUGGUUCACAUUUCAAAUGAGUGCAAUGGUUAGCGCUGGAUCAGGCCAAAGCCAGGAGGCUGGAACUCCAUCCAUUUAGCCUACAUGGGUGGCAGGGUCAGAGUCCAAGCACAUUAACAGAGAGCUGGAUUGGAAGUGGUGCAACCGAGACUCAAACUAGCGUUCAUGGGAUGCCAGUGUUGCAGGCCGUGGCUUAACCCUCUGUGCCACAACACUGGCCCCAUUUGUUGAUUAUUGUUUCCCGGUGUUUAAUUAAUUGUUGAUUAUUAGAAAAAGAAAUAUUUCUUCCCCUUUAUGAUUAUAUGUUUGUUUAGCAAGCACCCCAGUGAACACAUUUUUGAAGAAUGCGGAGAUGAGAUAGUUACAUUCAUCUGGUAAAUGGGCUACAUUUUGGAGCAACUUGGUGCUUGUUCAAUGAGGAGUGCCUAAAACAUAAAUUAUAGAUCAAGAUAUUCUACUGGGGGACAAAGCUUGGUGGUCACCAGCACAGGCCUUGUAAAACCUGCCACGUACACCAUUCAUAUCAUUUCUUAGGUGUCUAAGGACUUCUCCCACCAGUUCAUGCUUCCUUCCAUUCACCAGGACCAUGCCUAGGCUCCAGGGCUGGGAGUUGAGCUUUAUCCCUCAGGUCUGCCAUGGAACCACCUGGGGGACAGGUGGGACUGAAGUUUGGCCCACUAGGGCCCCAGUUCCUUUCAUUCUCAAAUGAACUUGAAACUUUCAUAGCCAGGGCUCUUCCUGGGUGCUGUUGUUCCAGCUGGUCAAAGAAAUGUCUUGGGCCAGAUAGGGAUUCUCAGUGGAUUUUGUAGACAUCAUUGUCCUCCUUAACAAAAAUGGCUCCUACUCUAAUUGUUGGAACUGUAUCUUUCCCUAUAUGUUGAACCAGUUUUAAGAUUAUUCUAUAACCACAGUAUGUAGUCAGAGCAAAUAUGUAUAGUGGUUUCAGAUAUAAAGCUUAUUUUAUACUUUGUAUAGGGUGUGCUGUAUAAGUGUGGUUGCCCACUGGCUGUGGUAGCAUUUAAUCUCCAUUGCUUUGGGGGUGAUCAAAGCCUUUUGAAAUGGAGCCUUUGCACUUUAUGCUUUUUUUAUGAUAGCCACGUUUGAUAUUAAAGCUAAAAGGGGCAUUUUCUGUGAAUGAAUAUGUGUGUAUUUGUGUCUAUUUCCAAAGUGAUUUGUAAGCAUCUGCAGAGAAAAUGCAUUUCAUGGAUUGUAGAGCAAAGCACAUUGCUCUAAAUUCAUUUUUUAUGACUUUGUUAUUAAACAUGCUUCAAAAAAGUA